UCGACCUUUGAUCACGUGCUCCCACACGCAGUAAUCCACAAUGGCCGCUCGAAAACAAGUCGGGACAAUCACGCGUCAGGACGUAACUGCGUAGCUCCGCCUGUUCGCCGGCAGUUUGUGGUGCGCAGGCGCAGUAAGGACCCAGAGGUGGAGAUUGUUCUGGCAGCGGGACAUGGAGCAGCUUUCAGCCUGUACUCAUCCCCGGCCCUGAUCUGUAAUUAUCAUCAUCAUCAUCUCCGCCCGUCCUGACAACAUGGCCGCCCUGCUGGUGAGAGGCUGUCUGCCCAGAGCCCCGCUGGUCUGGAGCCGGGGAGACACCACUAGAGGUCUUUUCACAGAUCGUGUUUGUCUUGGUUGCACUUCAUUACGGUUGAUAAAUCACAGGAGUUCUCACUUUCGUAGUUGCACAGCCGCCCAUUACAUUUCACUUCGAGACGUGAACAGUGGGUUGUCAUGGACUAACAGGCCCGAAAGAACCUAUUUCAGAGUCCACAAUACGUCAUCAUCAUGGAAAGGCUUGGGCGGAAGUCUGGGAGCGCAGUACGCCUCGGUGCGAGCUUUGCACUCAUCACGUUCCCUGUACGAUGACUCUGUGGUAGAAAAAUCACUCAAGUCCUUGAAGGACAAAAAUAAAAAGCUGGAGGAAGGAGGCCCGGUAUAUAGUCCCAAUACAGAGAUGGAUGCUGUCAAGAAGUCCAUAGGACAGAAGAUUAUGGACGAGUUAAAGCACUAUUACCACGGCUUCCGGCUUCUCUGGAUCGAUACCAUAAUUGCAGCUAGAAUGUUGUGGAAUAUUCUCAAUGGGAAUACGUUAUCCCGACGGGAAAGGAGACAGUUCCUGAGGAUAUGCGCUGACCUCUUCCGCCUGGUGCCCUUCCUCGUCUUCAUCAUCGUUCCCUUCAUGGAGUUCCUGCUUCCAGUUGUAUUGAAGCUGUUUCCCAAUAUGCUUCCUUCCACAUUUGAGACCACUUCAAAGAAGGAGGAAAGGUUGAAGAAGGAGCUGAGAGUGAAGCUGGAAUUGGCCAAGUUCUUGCAGGACACCAUCGAGGAGAUGGCCCUAAGGAACAAAGCAGCCAAAGGAAACGUCACCGCUGAAUUUUCCUCUUUUUUUCAGAAGAUCCGGAGCUCCGGUGAGAGGCCCAGCAAUGAGGAGAUUGUCCGCUUCUCCAAGCUGUUUGAGGACGAGCUGACCCUCGAUAACCUGACCAGACCUCAGCUCGUGGCUCUGUGUAAACUCCUGGAGCAGCAGUCCAUUGGGACAAAUAACUUCCUUCGCUUUCAGCUGACUAUGAAGCUGAGGUCUAUUAAGGCAGAUGACAAGCUCAUUGCAGAGGAAGGUGUUGACUCUCUGAAUGUUAAAGAACUGCAGGCAGCGUGUCGGGCCAGAGGGAUGAGAGCACUGGGUGUCACGGAAGAACGGUUAAGAGAGCAACUAAAACAGUGGCUGGAGCUGCAUUUGAAUCAGGAAAUUCCCACAUCAUUGCUGCUAUUGUCUCGCGCUUUGUAUCUCCCGGACACACUCUCACCAGCUGAUCAGCUCAAAACAACCCUCCAGACUUUACCCGAAAGCAUGGCUAAAGAAGCCCAGGUGAAAGUGGCUGCGGUCGAGUAUGACAAGGUGGACAACAAGACCAAACUGGAGGCCACGCUUCAGGAGGAGGAGGCGAUUAAGAAGGAGAAAGAGCUGCAGAGGAUGGCUGAUGUGGCCAAGGAAAGCUUACAGACGGCAGCUAAGGUGGAGGUGGCUCCUGAACUAGAACCCGCUGAGGUGAAGACCAGCGCUGCCCCUACACCAGCUGCGGCUUCAGCACAGGCAGCUGACCAGGCGGAGGUACUGAGAGACACUGCGCCGGUGUUGGAGGGUACCAAGGGCGAGGAAAUAACCAAGGAGGAAAUUGAUGUUCUGAAUGACGCUUGCACUAAGCUUAAAGAGCAGAAGAAGUUGCUUACAAAGGAGAAGGAGGAGUUGUCUGAACUGAAGGAUGACGUUCAGGAGUAUAGCGAGGAUCUGGAGGAAAUUAAGAAGGAACUAUCAAAGUCAGGACAAGAGACUGUCGUGGAAGAGUCAAAGGCGAGCAAGAGACUGACAAAGAGGGUGAACCGUAUGAUCGGGCAGAUAGACAAAAUCAUAACUGAGCUGGAGAACGAGGACAAGGUGUUGGAUGCAGGGAGUGGUACUUCUCCUCCUGUAGGAUUGUAUUUCGCCUUUAGGGAGAAUCUUGUCAGCAUUAGUGAACUCAUUAACAUCAUGAGGCUCAUCCAGAACAUCCCCGAACAAAAGCUGCUGAGGAUAGCCGAGGCUCUGGAUGAGAACCAGGACGGGAAGAUCGACCUGGAUGACGUGGCUAAGGUGGUGGAACUGAUCGACAAGGAGGACAUCGACAUCUCCACCAGCCAAGUGGCCGAGAUUAUGGAACUUUUGCAGAAGGAGGAAAAACUGGUGGAGAAGGAGAAAGCUAAAGAAAAAACCGAGAAGGAGCACAUUGCAGAAGUGCAGAACUGACCCCCCCCCCAUACAUACCCUAUAUACACACACGUGCACAUCUCGUAAAUUAUCCAUACGGCUGCUAUAUUGUUUCUAUUGCUUUUGAGGUGAUUUCAUUGCCAAGUGAGAUAUUAACGUGUCAUUCAGGGUGAAAUAAAGGCUUCAUGUACCUUAGCACCAUUCCAGGAGCAUCAGGCUUUUUACCACUUGUUUUAAGUAAACAGAAACUUCUGGUGCACUUAUUAUUUUUAUGACUUUUUUUGCACAGUUAUGAUUUUGUCAUUAUUGAAGAGACUGUAGACUUUCAGCUUCAUUUUACCCUCUAAGCUGGUGUUUCCCAACCAGGGGGGCCUCCAGCUGUUGCAAAACUACAAUUCCCAGCAUGCCCGGACAGCCUUUGGCUGUCCGGGCAUGCUGGGAGUUGUAGUUUUGCAACAGCUGAAGGCACCCUGGUUGGGAAACACAGCUCUAAGCCAUGGUAUAUAACCUGGUCUCUCUUGGAUGUGCCCAUCUCCCCCCUGAUUAAAUGACUGCCCCACAAACUUACAUAGAAAUAAGACCCUUAUGCUAUUUUAGAGGUGUUCCAGGUUGAACCUACAGUGAUUUUGGGGGUUCAGUGCUAGAAAGAUUGUGAUAAACACUAUGGAACAUAUUCUAUAUGUAUGUAUUGCUUUGCUGUACUACCAAAGAGUAUGGUGAAUACUAUGUGUCAGUACAGGGCCUAGAAUGGAUAUAGCAAGACAUCUGCAUCAGUAUAGUCCUGUAUGGGUUGGUAGAUACCUGUGUAUACUUAUCUUUAUGGUCCUAUAGAGAGAGGGGGACUAUAGCAGAACAUCUGCAUCUGUGCUGUAUGGUUUGGUAUAUACCUGUGUUAUGCACAUGGGCAUAAAAUGGAACCUUAGCCUCUAUAUAGUCUUAUAGGGAGAGAGUUAAAGGGGUAUUCCUGUGGAAAAAAAAAAAGUUAAAAAGAAAGUUAAUCAGAUUUGUAAAUUACAUAUAUAUAUAUAUUUUUUUUUUUAAACUGAUCCUUCCAGUACUUAUCAGCUGCUGAAGUUGAGUUGUUGUUUUCUGUCAGACCACAAUGCUCUCUGCUGACACCUGUCUGUCUCAGGAACUGUCCAGAGCAGUAUAGGUUUGCUAUGGGGAUUUGCUCCUACUCUGGACAGUUCCUGACAUGGACAGAGGUGUCAGAAGAGAGCACUGUGGUCAGACAGAAAAGAACAACUCAACUUUAGCAGCUGAUAACUACUGGAAGGAUUAAGAUUUUUAAUAGAAGUAAUGUACAAAUCUGUUUAACUUUCUUGAGCCAGGUGAUAUAAUUUAAAAAAAAAUGUUUUUUUUACUUGAAUGCCCCUUUAAUAUAACAGAACCUCUGCAUCAGUAUAGUCCUAUGUAGGUAGGAGGGUAGUUAUACAGGUCUAUAUGGAGUUAAGUAGAGCCCCUGUAUCGGUAUAGUCCUAUUUAGGUAAGGAUGUACCUGUAUGUGACCCAUAAGGAAUGUAGUAGAACCUCUGCAUUGGUAUAGUCCUAUAGAAGUAGGGACUUAACCUGUAUGUGACCCAUAAGGAAUGUAGUAGAACCUCUGCAUUGGUAUAGUCCUAUAGAAGUAGGGACUUACCUGUGUGUGACCCAUAAGGAAUAAAGAAGAACCCCUGCAUUGGUAUAGUCCUGUAUAGGUAAGGACAUACCUGUAUGUGACCCAUAAGGAAUAAAGAAGAACCCCUGCAUUGGCAUAGUCCUAUAUAGGCACAUACCUGUAUGUAGCCCAGAUGGAAUCUAUGAGAACCCCUGCAUUAGUAAAGGACUAUGUAGGUAGGAAAGUACCUGUAUGUGACCCAUAGGAGAUGUAGCAGUACUUCUGCAUCAGUAUAGUCCUGUUUAGGUAAGGACAUAUCCAUAGGGAAUAUAUCAAAAAGUCUGCAUCACUGUAGGCCUGUGUAGGUAGGGAGGUCCUGUGCAGGACUUGAGUAUAUAUCAGAACCUCUAUGCUGGUAGAGCCCUAUAUAGGUAGAGAUGUAUCUAUAUAGAAGACAUAAAUACAGUCAAACCAAUGUAUCGGUACAGUCCUAUGGAAGUAAGAAACACAUAUCCAAGGUAUACCAGGCUAUUUGCUAUGGUUAGAAACAGCUGGAAGAAACAUCUCUUUUUAACUAAUCCCUCCAUUUUGAUUUGGGAGGGUAGCAGAGCCUUUAAAGGGGUAUUCCAGGAAAAAAAAAACAUUUAUUUUUAUCAACUGGCUCCAGAAAGUUAAACAGAUUUGUAAAUUACUUCUGUUAAAAAAUCUUAAUCCUUCCAUUACUUAUCAGCUGCUGAAGUUGAGUUGUUCUUUUCUUUCUGACAACAUUGCUCUCUGCUGACAUCUCUGCUUGUCUCGGGAACUGUCUGAAGCAUUAGAAGUUUGCUAUGGGGAUUUGCUCCUACUCUGGACGGACUCUGACAGAGACGAGCAGAGGUGUCAGCAGAGAGCACUGUGGUCAGACAGAAAAGAACAACUCAAAUUCAGCUGCUGAUAAGUACUGGAAGAAUUAAGAUUCUUUUCACUAGAAGCAAUUUACAAAUCUGUUUAACUUUGCUGGGAGUUGUAGCUUUGCAACAGCUGCAGGCACCCUGGUUGGGCUACACUGCCUUAAGGGUAUGUUUUACAUGUGGAACCCCCUAAAAGUAUUUUUUAUUUUUUUAUGGAUUGGACAAAUAUGGCUGCUUUCUUUCAGUCCUCUGCACAGGUUUUGGUAUUGCAUCUUACCUGAACGUCAGUACCAGACACAUCCUGGGCUACGGCACUAUUUCUGGAAAAAAGUAGCCGUCCUUUUCUAAUCUUGGACAAAACCUGCAAAGGGGGUUAUCCAGUAGUAGUAAAACAGAGCUGAUUUCUUCCAAAAAAAAUAGCGCCACCCCUGUCCUCAGGUCGUGUGUGGUAUUGCAGCUCAGUUCCAUUGAAGUGAAUUAAGCCAAGUUGUAAUACUGCACUCAACCUGAGGAUAGGUGUGGCGCUGUUUUUGAAAACAUUUAGCUCUGUUUUUCUAUUCACAUUCUCUGCACCCUCUCCAAAUCAAUAAAGGGGCUUCCUCACUAUUGUCGCUGUUGGUUAUUUGGCUUGAGCAACCAGUCUGUUUAUCUCUAUGAAGGAACAGGUCUCCCUGCAUAGGUUGCCUCUAAUACAGACCCAAUGGCGGCCAUGGUGAUGAUGCCCUAUUCUUCAUAUCAUGACUGAUUUGACUUUUUUUUAUAUUUUUUUUGUAUUUUGGCCUUUCUUUUUUAUUCCUGAACCUUUAAUUUAAAAUAGCUGCGGCUGCCUACGGGCAGAGAAUGUAUUAUUGAGGUAUUUUUUUUUUUUUUUUUUUUAUUAUAUUCAUUGCCUUCAUUGAUAGUCUAGGAAGAUUCCUCCUAUUUAUUUCAGGCCCACGCCUGUGGUGCUUUUUUUGUGUUAAAUGCCAGGAAUGUAUUUUUUUUAAAUUAUUUUCUAUGCAUUUUAAUACAGCAGCACUCAAAUCUCCAUUCAGUCAAUAGUGGAUAUUGUGUCCAACACUUUUAUACUAAGAAUUAAUAUUAUAAAUCUGCUUUGACGUAAAAUUUCUUGUUCUUGAUUGUAAACUGUAAUAUAAAAGGCCGAUGUAUAGGACGGGUAUGGAGAAAAGGGGAACGCCGCCCUUCAGGUUUUCCUGUUUCUCCUACUGCUGCUUUGCUAAUAAAACAAUGUCUGUAGAAAUAUCCAUACGAAUGUUCCCUGUGUGUCUCCUUAUUUUAUAGAACUUCCCAGAACUGGUAAAUGAUUUGUAUAGGUCUUGUUUUUCUCUGAAAGGACCACGAAAUCUCAAGCUGGUCCGUACACUUUCCUCAUUCACGUGCAUGCUCAUCUCAGCUGAGAGUGCAUGUGAAAGUGGGAGUAAGCUGCUGCCAGAAGCCACCGGCUAUUGCUUAACUAUCCUGAGAACAAAAGGAUCAGAUAUAUUGAAAUCCUUCUCUCCCCCCCCCCCUUCCCUGACAUAGGUCAUUUGGGAGUCAAUAGGCCCCCUAUAAUCAAUAAUUGGUUGGCCUCUCCCACUGAAAUUGGCUGGUAAAGCCGACAAUAAAGUGGAUGACCAUCACUUGCCUAUUUUGUAGUCUAGACACAGGUGGCACCUGUAUGGAACAUCCCAUGAUUCUUAAGACACUGCGCUCUUCUUGCUUCCUGAAGGGAAGAUUAGUGAAACUGAGCUAAUUUCUUCCUAAAACAGCACCACAUCCGUCCUCAGGUUGUGUGUGGUAUUUCAGCUUUGCUCCAUUCACUUCAGUGGAACUGAGCUGUAAUACCGGAGGACAGGGGGGAGGGGGGAUGCGCUUUUGUUUGUUCUUGUAAUAAAUCUACUCUGCUUUGCUAAUCUUGGAUAACCCCUAUAAGAACAGGUGCUCCAAGAAAUGAUGUCCCCCCCCCCCCCCCUAAAGUUUCCUGGAAAAAUGUGCGCCAUAGAAUGUCUUUACCCAAAGCCUAACUGCAGUAAGGCCUUUUGUCUUGAAUACUCACGUAGGGACACAAGAAUCCUUGUUUUUAUAGCUGCAUCUGACCAAAACCUCAUUCUAGAUAGAAGGGACCAUAAGGUAGAUCUUUCAGUAGGUAGGUCAUUUCCUGUCUAAAUGAAGCUUGAAUCCUCAUUUGUUACUUUUGGCUACAAUUACAGGGACUCCCCAUUCAAACCUUGUUCUUCCAUUUUCAGAAGCUCCUGUCUUCUGUCUAUCUAAAAUUAGAAAAGAAUCAACUUGGAAAAUAUACAUAAAAAAUA